AUGCCUCCCAAGACCAAGAAAGCCGCCGCCCCCGCCCAGGAGAACGUCUCCCUCGGCCCUCUGGCCGGUGAUGGCAAGCUCGUUUUCGGCGUUGCCCGUAUCUUCGCCUCUUUCAACGAUACCUUCGUCCACGUCACUGAUCUCUCUGGUCGCGAAACCAUCUGCCGUGUGACCGGUGGUAUGAAGGUCAAGGCUGACCGUGACGAGUCCUCUCCCUACGCUGCCAUGUUGGCUGCCCAGGACGUUGCCACUCGCUGCAAGGAAUUGGGCAUCAACGCUCUUCACAUCAAGAUCCGUGCUACUGGUGGUAACGGUACCAAGACGCCCGGUCCUGGUGCUCAGUCUGCCCUUCGUGCCUUGGCCCGUGCCGGCAUGAAGAUCGGCCGUAUCGAGGACGUCACCCCUACUCCCUCCGACUCUACUCGUCGUAAGGGUGGUCGCCGUGGUCGUCGUCUCUAG